CAGUAUGACAUGCAGAUGAGUGCCGUCGAUCUUUGAAUCACCGCACACUUCACAUCAUUUGGGCAGUCACGGGGCCAAAUCAGAGUGUGGAGCCACAGUGUGGCGGUGGAGGCAGCAGCAAUGGGAGGCCAUACAGCACCCUAUGACAAAAAUGGAACCCACCAGCAGUGUGAGGAGACCUGAAGCGUGGCACAUGGCAGAGUGUGUCGAUGGAUGGACAGCAGCAUUGGGGAGGCCGUACAGGGACCCAUGGGUCACACUCUGGACCCGGGCAUGCAGCAUGAGGAGGCGGUACAGGGGCCCAUGACAGAUUAGCGGGCCUGGCAGCAGCAAUGGAAGGCCAUACAGACCCUUAUCACAAAAUGGAACCCACCACAGUGUAAGGAGAACUGAAAGUGGCACAU